AUGGACAAUAUGAUAACUAAUGCCCUUGGGUUUAAUACGCCGAUUUAUGUGCCAAAUGAUGUCGACGACCCUGCUGAUGAUGAAUAUGACGCUGAUGUUAACGUCGAGAGACCAAAUGAGGAAGCCCAGCGAUUUUUUGAUCUUUUGAAAGAGACAAAUACACCGUUGUGUGAAGGCUCUCGAGACUCAAAGUUAACGGUGUGUAUUAGACUUUUGGGUAUCAAGUCUGAAUGUCUUGUUUCAGAAUACACCAUGGACUUGAUAACAAAACUGAUGUUGGAUAUAACAAUAGACCGUCCUCUUGAUUUGCCAAAAAAUUAUUACGAAGCAAGACAAUUGGUUGCAAAGUUAGGACUCGGAGCGAAGAGAAUUGACUGUUGUGUUAACGGGUGUAUGUUGUACUAUAGCAACGAAUUUGGUGUAGAUGACGGUGCAUUACUUGAAUGUAAAUUUUGUCAAGAACCAAGAUAUCGUGUAACAAGAAAUUCACGGUCAGUCAGAAGGAAGCCAAUCCCAAGAAAGGCGAUGUUCUAUUUACCCAUAAUACCAAGGUUGCAAAGGUUGUAUGCAUCGAUGCAAACAGCCAGUAAAAUGACAUGGCAUCGUGAAAACUAUGAAAGGAGAAAAAUGUCAGAUGGAUUUACACCAUAUACUCAAGUAUCAGCCACUCCAUAUUCAUGUUGGCCUGUUCUGGUUACCCCGUACAAUCUUCCUCCUGAUAUGUGCAUGUCAAAACCUUACAUGUUUUUAGCCGCUGUAAUACCAGGCCCAUCUAGUCCAACUGUUGGUAUUGAUAUCUAUUUACAACCUUUGAUUGAUGAUUUGAAGAGAUUGUGGAACGGUGUUGCGACGUAUGAUAUCAACCAAAAACGAAAUUUCAAUAUGAGAGGAGCUUUGAUGUGGACCAUUAAUGAUUUUCCUGCAUAUGGGAUGUUGUCUGGAUGGGGGACACAUGGUAAACUAGGAUGUCCUAUUUGCAUGAUGGACACCAAAGCGUUUUGGUUACACAACGGUGGGAAGGCUACUUGGUUUGACUGUCAUCGUCGGUUCUUGCCUACUGAUCAUCCGUUUAGAAGAAAUAAAAAUGCUUUUGUUCAUGGUGAGACCGAGACUCGUGAUCCACCAGAUUAUUUGACAUCCCGACAAGUCUGGAACAAAGUGAAAGAUAUUCCAAAGGUUGAGGUUGUAGGUGGUGUUGCAUCUAAACCGCGUGGUUAUGGACAAACACACAACUGGACAAAAAGAAGAAAAACGAAAGAUAAUGACAACGCGAGGAGAGACAUAGGGUUGUAUUGCAAACGUAACGAACUGUUGUUGGUGGAGACAUCUAACGGCAAACUUCUUAAACCUCGUGCAAACUAUACUUUAUCUCCUGAAGAAGCAAAAUCUGUUUGUCGAUGGGUAAAAGAAGUGAAGAUGUCGGACGGUUAUUCGUCGAAUUUGGCGAGAUGCGCUGAUGUUGACCAUGGAAGGAUGCGUGGGAUGAAAAGUCAUGAUUGUCAUGUUUUUUUCCAGACUUUACUUCCAAUUGCAUUUAGUUCUUUACCCCAACAUUUGGAGAGAAUAUUUCCUCCUGCCUUGUUUGAUUCUAUGGAGCAUGUUGUGGUGCAUCUUGCAUACGAGGCUAGGCUUGGUGGGCCAGUUCAAUAUAGAUGGAUGUACCCGUUCGAAAGGUUCAUGGGUUAUGCAAAACGUGCCGUGAAAAACAAAGCUAGGGUCGAAGGCUCAAUUUGUGCAACAUACUUACACCGCGAAACAAUUUACUUUUGUUCGCAUUACUUCAAAGACACGUUGUCAUCAAGUCAUAUUCGCAAUGAAACUGAAACAUCUCGGCCUGUGAGAAUUCACCCAUUAAACAUGUCAAUAUUCAGCUUGCCUGGUCGUAAUGGUGGUGGUGAGAAAGUGUUGUAUCCUGGUGACAAAGUUCUCUAUUCGGCGCAUGUUCACUUGCUGAUUAAUUGCAACGAAGUCGAGCCAUAUUUACAGUGA